AUGACCCUCCAAUCCCCACCAAACGACAUCCUAGCUCUCAUGCUGUUCAUGUCAAAAAUCACAACCUACACCAUCUACUACGCCGUCACCUUCACCAUCAGUUUCCUCCCCAUCUACAUGCUCUGCGGCGGCCUCAUCGGCUGCAUCGGCGGGCUCGAAUGCCUCUCCUCGCGGACAAUAAGCCUCAUAGGCUUCGGCGUACCGAUAUCGACAUACUUCCUCACGGUGCUGGGGCUCGUGGUGGCUCAGCUGACGGGCCACAUCGCCGCCGACAUGUCGUGGCAUGCGUUGUUGACGUAUACCGUCGUGGGGAUGUGGUCGGUGGCUUUGGGGUUGUAUGUCAGCUGGGAUGUUUUGGAUAGGGUGGGAAAGGUUGUGUGGAAGGUGUUGGAUGUGUUUGGGUGGGUGUUGCCGGAGUUUCAGGUGCCGGAGGAGGGAAAGGAAGAGGUGUCUGAGGGAGCAAGGGAGGAACAGCAGGAGAGAAAGGCGAGUGGUGGGGACUGGGUCGAUUGCGAGGAGGGAGCUGCUUCGGCCAGCAAGGGGGUGAAGGACGAGUGA